UUAUUUGAAGCUGCUGCUCGGUCGGGUUGGUUGUGUUCGCGUCUCUGUACUGGUUAUGGCUGCGGCCGUCGCUAUGGAGACAGAUGAUGCUGGAAAUCGACUUCGGUUUCAGUUGGAGUUGGAAUUUGUUCAAUGUUUAGCCAACCCAAAUUACCUUAAUUUUCUUGCCCAAAGAGGUUACUUCAAAGACAAAGCUUUUGUUAAUUAUCUUAAGUACUUGCUUUACUGGAAAGAGCCAGAAUAUGCCAAGUAUCUAAAGUACCCUCAGUGUUUACACAUGUUAGAACUGCUCCAGUACGAACACUUUCGAAAGGAGCUGGUGAAUGCUCAGUGUGCGAAAUUCAUUGACGAACAGCAGAUUCUACACUGGCAGCACUAUUCCCGGAAGCGGAUGCGUCUUCAGCAAGCCCUGGCAGAGCAGCAACAGCAGAAUAACACAGCAGGAAAAUGAGAGCUGGGGACAGAACAGACUCUUGGGACAUGUAUAUAAUGUAUCGCUAUUGUACAGUACUGGUAAAAGAAGACUCUUCUGCCCACCUUUAUUAUGUAGCACUCGGAACCAUUAGUAGUAGUUUUGGUCGGCAGGCUUUAUAUUGUUAAUAGAUUAUUUCUUUUAAACCAGAAUUGUCCUACUUUGAUUUCUGUGGGGAUUUGUCAAUUUCCAUUGCAUUUAACAGAACCAAGUGAAUAAGAAUGUAAAUGUUAGGUGUUGUAGAACAGUUUAAGAACAUGAGUGUGACACCCUAAGCCAAAUCAUCUCUAGGAACCUUACUGAAAUUAGCUCCCCCUCACCCCAUCCCUCUUUCUGUAGGAGAGGACAUACUCAGUUGCUCCCUGCUUUGUAUGAUAGCUGACUUACAGGUGGCAGGGAAAGACUGGUUGUUAAUGACUAAUUGGACUCUUGUCUUUCAAUGUAAGCCUCAAAUACCUUUCUUUGGGAAAGUUAGCAUUUAUUUGACAAGUACCACAAGUAGGCACUACCUUAAAAUGUUUCUUUUAAUCUACUUCAAGAAGAUUUUCAUUUUAUGUGUCUCAGUGAAUUGCUUGCAAAUAUGUGCGUCAUGUCCCUGGUGUCCAAGGAGGCCAGUAGAACAUCAGAUCCCCUGGAAUGAAGUUGAAGGUGGUUGUGAGUCACCAUGUGGUGUCAGGAACUAAACCUGGAUCUUCUGCAAUAGCAGCAAGUACUGUUGACCACUAGCCCUCAUUUUUUCUCUAUUUUUUGAGACAGGGUUUCACUUUGUAGCACAGGCUGCCUUGGAACUUGUGAUCCUUCUACCUCAGUCUCCUGAGUACUGGCUCACAUGCUGCUUUAAAUGCUUUUUUUUUUUAAUGUGUGUGAAUGUUUGGCUUAUACAAGGUAUGUCUGUACCACUUGCAUGCCUGGUACUCUCAAAAGAUAGUAUCAGAUCCCCUGGGUAGAAGUUACAGUUUUGAGCUGCCAUCAAACCCAGGUCCUCUGGAAGAGCAACCAGCACUCUUAACCACUAAAACACCUAUUCAGUCCACACUCAAACAAGAAUGUUUUAUUUGUAGAAUAAUAGUUGGACUUUUCAUUUGUGACAAGGUCUGGUACUGCAGAUUACCCUUGCUUCAGACUCCUGCCUUAGCCUCUAAAAUGGUAAGAUUAUAGGUGAAAUGAGAUGUAGACAGUAACUUGGCUUGGCUUACCAACAUGUCUCUUUCCAAGAGAACCAUAUUUCAGAUAGUUGUGAAACAAACUGCCUGAAUUAAACAUAUGCAUUCCA